CUCGUAAUUAUCUUCUGGUUUAUCACGGUGUAGAUGCAUAACGGUGGGCUUUCUGUCAAAAUGCUGCCUCUCUGUACAUUCUGUGCUGCCUCUCUGUCAUAAACAAGAAAAAUGGAUGAUCGUAUUUCACAAAACAGAAGAUGCUUUCCAAAAUCCUACUGGUUUCUCUAGUGCUGUUUGUGUUCUACUUUUGGAGCGCAGGCGGAUUUACGACACAACCCCCAACAAUACCACCAACAGCACCAGUACCAGCAUCCGCACCCCCCCCCCCGCCCCCUCAAAGCGGUGUGAUCGUGCGAUCUCCACAAACAUCUCGGGAUUCUACCAUCACACUACUGGUAUUGCAAGUGAUACUGGUGUUCGUCUUCGGCGCUUUGCCUUUAUAAAUCAACGAAAUGUCGCCCGAGUUGAGUACUACAGCGCCUUGGCUGGAUGUUAACAUGCUUCAUUGAAAAAAAUAACACCAUUUCGCCGUAUUUUGUACUGUUGUAAAUCGUCUUAUGAAACGGUACAUAAUAUAUUUUACGAAAUGUACGAAAACAUAGU